GGUCGUUGAUGUGGGAAUGUUUGACAAUGGCCGAUUUGUCAAAAUCCCCUCGCCGUCCAUGUGCUCUGUGUUCCUUGAGCCUAGUGGGAAGGUUCCGACUGGUUUCGCCGAUGUAGACUUUGCCGCAUUCACAUGGAAUGCGGUAGACUCCCGCCUUGGAAGAGGAGUCCUGCUUGUCCUUGUGAGUAUGGAGGCUGCCUUGGAGCUUGUUGCCAGAUGAGUGGUACACCUUGACGCCAGCUUGUCGGAGGAUGCGUUGCAGAUGAUGAUAAGCUGGACCUAUGAUAUACGUAAUGCAAUGACAGGCGGCUGGGAAACUUUGACCACUGUAGCCUUGGCAACCAUCUUUAUUACUCUUGCAGGAUUUCGUGUGCUCCUCAUCAAACUGUCUGCAAAUCAAGAUGGGGGGUUUGACUACCUACCCGUUGCAGUCAACUUGUGUGCUGAGAUCAUCAAACUCCUGGUUUGCUGUAUGCUUUCACUGAAUACCAUCACAAAAGAGAGGCUAAAGAAAUGUUGGGUGUUUGCAUUCUCAGUCUAUGAUGUCUUGAGAUUGUUCAAGUGGAGCAUACCAGGCCUGUUGUACUUUCUUGACAACCUCAUUGCCUUCUACGUUGUUGCAUCAUUUGAACCGGCAAUGGUUGUGUUGCUCAACAACUUUGUCAUCAUAUCUACAGCUCUUCUCUUCAGACUUAUAUUAAAGAGAAAGCUGAGUCAAGUACAGUGGGCCUCUCUUGUAAUACUCUUCUUAACCAUUAUGUCACUAUCCCAUCAAUCACAUGAAGCAGAAAGUCACAGAACUAGUGGAAUAAACAACAUGAAGGCGAUACAUCCAACUAAAUUGCCUUCAUCACAUCAUGUAACCUGCGUCACUGAUACAUCGCAGAUUGAUCACUGCAGCAGUUUAAAGCUCUGCUCCACCAAGCAGAAUAAAUGGCAUGUAUUGCAUCACAUUGACAGUAUUUCAAUUAUUGGUAAAUAUCAGGGAUAUGUGUGGGUGAUUCUCCAAUGCUUUAUUUCAUCAUUAGCUAAUAUUUAUAAUGAAAAAAUAUUCAAGGAAGGCAAGGGAUUUGAGGAUAGUAUAUAUGUUCAGAACACCAAACUUUACUUGUUUGGGGUGCUUGUUAAUUUCAUGUCAAUAAUCUCCAUUAAUAACUUUUGGGAACGCACAGUCAAAUGUGGGCUGUUCCAUGGUUUCAACGUAUUUUCAUUCCUUUUGGUAUUAGACAGUGCUUUCAUGGGUCUCACUAUUUCUUUGAUAUUAAAGUUUCGGGAUAACAUGUUCCAUGUUUUGUGUGCUCAAUUAGUGACUAUGCUGGUAAUUACACUUUCAAUUUUGUUCAUGGGAUUCCAACCUCCAAUGGAUUUUUUUCUUCAAGCACCAACAGUUCUGCUGGCUAUUUAUGUAUUCAAUGUAAGUAAGGUCCAGUCAGAAUCACCAAAUCAUCGCCACAGGUCCCAAAGUACAACUGAACCUGCUGGUACCUGUUAAUCUGUUACAUCGGUUACAUAUACCACUUUCGGGGAAAUGGGAACUACUAGUCCAGCGGAUAUGUGACAAAAUAUCGAUGAAUUGUGCACUUUUUCAUAAAAAUAAAAACGUGAAACUUGGCACAGAUGUUCAUAUUCAUGCCAGAAAACGUUUAAGAUGUGGAGCCAUCGCAAAUUCACUCUUUAAGGGGUGUGGCAUCCAUUUAAAAAAAGGGGCGGGACUCAUCAUGCCUGCAGUGAAAACGGUUGUUCCCACUUGUCACAAAAGCAGGAAACUUCACCAAGACAUAAUUAUACAGAGUGCGAUCGAUUACUUCCCCCAGCUUACUUGCGCCUGGCCCCUCGCGUGAUGACAGACAUGCGCAGUGGAGCUAAAUA